UACCGUGGAAGGCAGAUAGACGAAGAAAUGACGGCCGAUUCCCAAGAUGCAGAGUCAGGUCCUAAGAAGUUUAGGCUUCUUGUAAAAAACAUGAACGUCAACACCAAAGUCAGUGAAAUAAAGAGGUUUUUCCUUCCCAUCAGAAUAAAGGACGCUAAAAUCCUUAAACGCGGUGUAGCCGUUGCCUAUUUCAAGACACAAAAAGACUUGGAGGAGGCCCUUUCAAAACGUGGCGAUAUUCAUGGAUCUGCAGUGUCUUUACAGUCCUAUGAAAAUGAUUUGUUUAUAAAUGAGGUCAAACCAUGUGAUGCUAAGAGAGUAGGUAUUCCCUUGUAUAUAUACUCAUUUGUGAAGAAUGGCAGAUUAUUCGUUCGUAAUCUUAGUUAUGAUUGCACAGAAGAAGACAUAAUCAGUCUGUUUUCGCCUUAUGGAACUGUGAGCGAUGUUCAUUUGAGCUACGACACUAAACUUAACAAAAGCAAGGGAUUUGCCUUUAUCACUUUCCUCUUCCCCGCCGAUGCCGUUUCCGCCUAUCAAAAGCUGGACAAGCAGAAAUUUAAGGGCCGUCUACUCCAUAUAUUACCGGGCAAAGACCGCCCAGUUGAAGAGAACAAGCCAAAACACCCAAGUGCCUCAGUGACAACUGAAAAUUUAUCUACGGCAGAUGCGGUCAAUGCGGAUGGCGAGGAAGAAAAUGAUGUUUCCACCGCUGCCGGUCAGUCGGAGUUUCAGCGGAAGAAACUUGCUGAUCUAAAAGCUACGGCCUCUGUAAGCCACAACUGGAAUACCCUUUUCAUCAACCCAGACGCUGUUUCUGAGUAUUUGGCCGCAAAGUUUGGCGUUACCGCAUAA